AAAGGCACCUUGCUGGGCUUGUCUCAUACUAGCCCACCAGACCCAGAGACAAGCCAGAGCAUCGCCCGUCUCCACCAUGAAGUUCACUGUCACCCUCACCCUGGUCAUGCUGGCUCUCUGCUGCGGCUCUGCUUCCGCAGAGAUCUGCCCCAGCUUUCUGGAGGUCAUCGAAACCCUCUUCACGGGCACACCCUCCAAUUAUGAGGCUGCCAUGGAACCUUUCAGCCCUGAUCAAGACAUGAGUGAGGCAGGGGCUCAGCUGAAGAUGAUGGUGGACACCCUCCCCCAGAAGGCCAGAGAUAACAUCAUGAAGCUCCUGGAAAAAAUAGUCAAAAGCUCACUGUGUAAUUAGGCUUCAGAAGCCAAAGUUCCCCGAGUCCACCACCCCUGCCGCUGCCAGAGCUUCUCGGCCCCAUGCCCACCAGCCUUGCUCUCUUCAGUAAACCACGAGCAUCUCA